AUGGCACCCUUCGAGGGGCUCGAGAGAUGGGUGAAGAAAUUACAACUCGCAUUGGACAUGGCGGAGGUGGCCGAAUUCUUAGGGCUCCACGAUCUAAAUAUCUACCACAGAAACGGACAGCCUCAUAUCAAACUCAUCACCCCUGACGGCAAGGUACUGAUUGGCCCGGAAGGGCUGUCGAAGAAUAGUAACCUAUUCUCAACCCCAAGCGAACUUGCCUAUACGUUCUACUACCGGUCAAGUUACGGAUUCAGACUACGUAGGGCGUUGGAUGUCAUUCCCAUACUGCAAUCAUCACCCCAAAAUCCUUUCACAUCUCGGUAUGCAUUGGAAGUACUGGAUCUUUGGUCGCGAUAUUUCGAGCCAAAUGCCCUCUCCUGGGAGUCUCACUGGGCAUGGCUGUGCCCAGAAGGCCUGAAAUGCGGUGACAUUGGCUACUUUUUCCUCGAUGAUAGAGACCCACAUCGACAGGAAGUUAUAUUUCAAGCGCUCGGAACAACGAACAGAUCAGAAUGGCGCUUUGACCCCGAAGUCCAGGAAGAGAGAAGGCGCUCCUUCCAGAGGGAGCGUUAUGAAUCAUUGGCCAGCUCAUCUACAUCACAAGACAUGUGCAUUUUUCUCUCGAAUAUUCCGUCUAUUUCCUCAAGAUAUGGAGUAGAGAUGGAUAAACUCAUCUUGAGUGCGACGUCGCUUUUGUCUCUGAAACCUAUCGCCAUACUACAACCGCUACAGUUGAUCCAUCCUAUGGUGAAUUACCUUCCGAGUGUCGAAGACUACGAAUUCAGGUUGAAGAAAGAAGGACAACCGACUCCUUGGGGCUACUGGUCAUUUGACCCUCGCCCACUAAUGACGCCAGAAAACUCCUCGUACUCUCCGGAGAAUAUCCAAAAUCAUCCAGGGAUCAUCGCUCAGGCUUCGCUGGAGGGAGUCCAUGUUCAGGAUAGUAUUGAACUUGUUUCUUUGCGAUUUCUUCAAUUGACGCCAGAUGAAGUUGAACUUGUCAAACUAUUGCAUCACCAUAUGCAGACCGAAGAACAUGGAGUAGACGAGACCUUACCACAAUAUUUAACAUUACCGCGGAAUGCUGGUCCAGAUUGGGGACCGCGGGCCAGGAUUACCGAGAUCGAAGAGGCAUGA